CCUGGGAGGCGGGAUAACUAGCAAAUGGGGACUAGAAAUAGGGAUGCUGAAUAGCAACGCGGAGAGACGCAGUUGUGACGCACUUCCGGCGGUCUACGCGAGGAAGAUGGCUGCAUCCCAGCAGCAAGCUUCAGCGGCUUCCUCAGCUGCUGGUGUAUCGGGUUCUAGUUCAGCUGGCGGCCCGGGUCCCCAGCAGCAGCCGCAACCGCCAGCACAACUUGUGGGCCCUGCCCAGAGCGGCCUGCUGCAGCAACAGCAACAGGACUUCGAUCCUGUGCAGCGUUAUAAGAUGCUCAUCCCGCAGCUGAAGGAGAGUCUACAGACCUUGAUGAAGGUUGCAGCACAAAACUUGAUUCAGAACACUAACAUCGACAAUGGACAAAAGAGCAGUGAUGGACCCAUACAGCGCUUUGACAAGUGCCUGGAGGAGUUCUACGCACUCUGUGACCAGCUGGAGCUCUGCCUGCGCCUGGCGCAUGAGUGCCUGUCACAGAGCUGUGACAGUGCCAAGCACUCUCCCACACUGGUGCCCACAGCCACCAAGCCCGACGCAGUGCAGCCUGACAGCCUCCCCUACCCACAGUACCUGGCGGUCAUCAAAGCCCAGAUUUCCUGUGCCAAGGACAUUCACACUGCCCUGCUGGACUGUGCCAACAAGGUCACGGGCAAGACACCUGCACCACCUGCUGGCCCUGGGGGCACCCUGUGAAGUGGGGGGCAGGGAGUGGGGCAGGCAGUGGUUGGAGGGUGGUGUGCAAAGGGAAUGAAAAGCAUCCUGGGCCUAAACACAGCAGCCUCCUCUCUUUUCCUGCCUGAGCACCGCGGCAGGAGCCAGCAGGGGGCAGCAGAGGCCAACAGGGAGCUCACAGGCCGGGUCCCUGUCUCCCUGCCCCUUCUUCCUGCUCCCCCUCCUAGCCUAGGGUAGACUUUGGACUGUUGUGUGUUGAUGACCUCUCUGUUCCACAGGCCCUCCCUCACCCUGGCCUGGGUGUGGAACCCUGGCUGUCCCCUCUCCCUCAGUCCUUCCUGUCUCCAGCUGGGAGGUGGUCUCUGUGUGCCACUCUUCUGUCUCUAUUAUAGUUGUCUCUCUCUCAUCCUGUCUCUUUUUGUCCUUGUUUCUGUGUUCCUGUUAAUGUGUUUCUCCCCAUAGUCCUAUGUCUCUCUCUGACUAGUCCCCUUUAGCUGUCUUCUAUCCCCAGCUCCUAACUAGGAAUCUGUGUCUAUGCAGGGAGCCAGCACCCCGGGUUAUCUGGGGCUAAGGGAAGGGACUUCAUUUCCAGGGACCACAGCCAAGCCCAGAGUCCCCCAGCAGCUCACAUGUCAGCCCAGACCCCAGGGUCUUGGCCUAGGAGAGGAGCAGUGGAGGGGCCCAGGCUCUGAGCUCCACAGGUCUGAGCAGGGAGCAACUCAGGCCCCCACCCAAGCCUGCGUCAGCGGAACUUGAGUGAGGGGCGUUGUGCAAUCUGUGGCAAGGCUGGCCCAGCUGGAUGCCUGGGUCCCAGUAUUUUUAGCCCCAAAGGAGAAGUGAAAAGGCCCCAGCCGCAGUGAGUCAUCAGUCCUGGGGAAGAACCCAGGCGCCUGAGCCCCAGCUCCGGGAAGCAGGCACUGGGGAGGGGGCUUCAAGGAGGGAGUGCCCCCUCAGACUCCCUCCUUCCCUGGGAGCUUCAGGAAGUUCAGCCUUGGCCUUCAGGCCUGAGCAAGUGCAGGGCGGAGCUACCAGCCCAGGCUCAGAUGUUGGAGUGUGAAAGCCUCAAGUGACUCAGCCUGGUUGGAGAACUGCCCCACCCAGUAUCUUCUGUGCCAUGGUUCCCACAUUCCCACUCAGUGGCCUCCUGUCCUGGACCCCAUGUCUGCAAGGAAACCCCAGGAUCAUGGAUACCUCUGUGAUUCAUGCUGAGCCCAAGUCCCCACACUGGAAAACUGGGAAAUGGCCAGCCAUGUGUGUCCCAGGAAAUUCCUCCCCUUGUUCUUCUUGAAGAGCCCGAGUAUGUAGGGCAGGAAGGAAGGCUGAAGCACUGUCCCUAAGAGGAAUUUCUCCUUCAGGGAAGCCUCAGUUUUGCCCGUUUAUCUAAUUGAAUCAGUUUUCUACCCAAUCCCCCAAUUUUGUGGGAUAAUCUUCCUUAUCUAAAUUCAACUGAUUAUGAACUUUCAUCACACCUACAAAACACUUCCAUGGCAACAGCUAGAUGAGUGUUUGAUAGAAUAACCGGGACUGUAGCCCGUCCAAGUUGACACACAAAACUGACCAUCGGACUGGGCGCAGUGGCUCACACCUGUAAUCCCAACACUUUGGGAGCCCGAGGUGGGCGGAUCACAAGGUCAGGAGUUCAAGACCAGCCUGGCCAACGUGGUGAAACCCAUGUUUACUAAAAAUACAAAAAAUUAGCCAGGCGUGGUGGCACAUGCCUGUAAUGCCAGCUACUUGGGAAGCUGAGGCAGGAGAAUCGCUUGAACCUGGGAGGCAGAGGUUGCAGUGAGCCAAGAUUGCACCAUUGCACUCCAGCCUGGGCGACAGGGCAAGACUGUGUCUCAAAAAAA